AUAUUGUUCACGAAAAUUUAAAAAAUUAAAUUUUUUUCUCAGGUUCGAAAAGGUAGACUUACUGCCCAUUACAGAGAGAUGUUCGGUGAGCCGGGUAGUCGUUUAGCCCCGUCGUCUUCUUCAGCUCCCGGUUCUUCGGGUCAGGAGACUGUCCCCGAGACUCAGUACACUCAGAGAGUCUUUGGAUCUCCUUCUUCUAGUGCACCAUCGGUUCAUCACGUGCCUCCCCCGAUGGCUCCUCCUCCUGUGCCUCCUCCGAUGGCACCUCCGAUGCCCGCCGAGAUUCAUCCCGAUUUGAUGGUGCCUCCGAGUGCUCCUUACUCGCAGUACACCGUAGAGGACAUUCUUCGUCUGCCAGGCAGAGAAGGUUUACCAGUCAUCGACCCCGACCGACCGGACGGAACUUUGUGGUUUGGGAUUGACGGAUGUCUUGCAUCAGACAUAACCGACACGAUAAAAGGUUACUUUUCCAUGGCACAUCUGAACUGGAAAAAGACGCCUCACUACGUCAGAAAGACAUGGUUCAAAAUUUACGCUCAAAAAUAUAAUUGGGCCUUGGGGAUCACUAAGAGGGUGAGGAAGAAGUUUAUCGUGAUGGCGAAAUUAAACGAGUUUAUUUCAAAUAUGCCUACUAAACAAGUCAACGAGUUUCUUUAG